GCUUUCAAUAGAAGAUCUGACUCGCUCAAGUAUUGCUAGUGAGUGUUAAUAAAAUAAAGCUGUUACGCUGCAGAUUAAUUUCAGGAUAUUAGUUGACAUAACAGAAGACGGUAGAGGUUUUUACUUAUAAACACAAAUUUUAAACACUUUUAUUAAGUACACAGUUGAAGUAUCUCAUGGAACAAUGGGUAGAUGGAAGAAAAGACAAUGUGGAUUAAUCUCUCUAGCUCUUUUUACUAAUGCUAUAUUUAUGAUUUAUGUCAUAUCUUACACAAGCAGAACAACGGAAAUAUAUUCAACAUUUACGAAUGAUGGUCACUGUAGUACUAAAGGUUUGGCAAAGUUACCAGAUUCAACAAAUCGUAGGAAUAUAACAAAAAUCGUGAUUUUCACAUACUGGAGAAGUGGAUCAACUUUCGUCUCUGAAUUAUUUUCGCAGCAUCCAGAUGUGUUUUACAUGUAUGAGCCACUGCGUGCUUGUGACUGCUCAAAACACUGCGAUCAUCCCAAAGACAAUACCAUAAUACAAAAUGCAUACAUAAAAGACAUAUUGAAUUGUGAUUUCGAUAACAAUGAUUUUCUGUCAAGGUUAAAAGAUCAUAAAGAAUUCAAAUGGGAAGUAACUUUUCGUGGUGUUGAUGACUUUGAAAGUAUUCCACACCAGUGUGCCAGUAAAAAGAUAAAAGCGAUAAAAGUAAUCCGUGCAGAGUCAUUGGAGCGUGUUGCUGGUGUUCUAGGCAGUGACACUGCUUUGUUCUUCUUGACCAGAGAUCCUAGGGGUGUACUGAAUUCGAGGAAACAGUUUCCUUAUAUAUAUAUGAAUAUGGCUGGCAAAGUUAGAGACAUGAACGAAUUGUGCAAGAAGCAUUUAGCAAAUUAUGAAUUUCUGCAGGGACUCACCAGAAAAUCAGCAUCUCAAUUACGUAAUAUGCCAUUGAUAAAACUGAUUCAGUAUGAACACAUUGCUCAUGAUCCAUUAGGAAAUGCAAAGGAGUUGUAUGAGUUUAUUAAUAUUCCAUUUCAUGAUGGAGUUGCUGAUUGGAUAAAGAAAAAUACAGUGUCAGGACGUGACUCUAGCCCUUUUGGCACUAAACGCAAUUCAAAGAAGGUCUCAAACAAAUGGCAGAAUGAAUUAACGAAGAGAGAAAUGCAUAUGGUUCAUAGUAUCAACGAUUGUGCCAGAGUCAUUGAAUUUUUAGGAAAACGAUAAUUGGCAGUACAAUGAAAUAAGAAAAUAACUGGAUUUUGUAUUCAGUAGGAGACUGCAAAAUUUUUAUAGUGAUAUUGAAUUCUUGUAACAUUAAGACAACAUAUAUUGUAUAGACAAUGUUGAACAUGAUGCAAUUAACAUACUGUACUCAUUUGUCAAACAUCUAUUCUACAAUUAGACAAAAUUAUACAAAUGAAUUCUUUGCGAAAAGUGAAUUUAGUCUUUGUAAAAAUCCCACUGCUCAUGAAGAAGUCAAAAAAGAAAAAAAUAAUUUGUAUUUUCAAUAUCAAAGCAGUUAUGAAAUAUUUUAUUCUUAAAAUAUGUUUUGUUUCAUCAAUAAAAUGGAAAAUGCUGAUUGUUGGAUCCUUUGAUUGAUUCCUUUGAU